AUGCGACGGCCCGACCAAUACCAGACACACCCGCACCGGUGGCGGCGGAUGGGGCUACAAUGUGGUUAUGGCGGGCGGUGCGUGUGGAUGACCGUGGUCCGUCGAAUUUGA